AUGCCCUCGAAGAUCGCAGACGUAACGGUACCGAGUAGCGGCCGAAACGGGCACGGGUGCCGUAUUGCCGAAUGCCCUUACUUGCCGGCUCAAAGGCUAGAGGCGAACAGAGUAGCAGCUAGUUCUGCUAAGAAGGAAGAUCGUUCCGCUACCGAAUCGGUAGCGAAACCCAAACGGAAAACACGUGUUGUGAAGUCGAAACCAGUUGCCGAGAGCGAGUCGAGUAGUAAUAAGUACGCAACAACUAGUGGUAGCGAGUCGGAAAACGAGUAG